UCCUUCACUUCCUCUGCUGUUUUCGUUCAUUCCUCUCUCACAUCCCCUUUUUGUGUGUGUGUGUGUGUGUUGUGUCGUCGUCGGUUCAGUUUAAGCAUAAUUUGGACUAAAAAAAGAGUAAAAAAAACACAAAAACAAAGACCUCAGGAUUCUGCUGCUCUUCCUCGGUGUGAUGCGCAGCACAGCCUCAUCCACUCAUCACAGGUUUCCCGGUGUUUGCAGACUUUAAGACGAGUAAAAUGCAGUCUGUUGGGGUGGCGCCUGCCAUUGGACCAAAGUUAAAUCGCUUUGCCACCUGGUUUGACCCUGAAAGUGCUGCGGUGGUGUCCAUCCUGUUGGGAUUGUUCCAGGUGCUGCUGUCGGCCCCACUUGCUUAUGCCGGCCAAACUCUGCCAAAAUUCUGCAUACUGCCAUUUGUCCUGGGAGUAAUAAUUGUCGCAGGAGGGUCACUCACCAUGGCCAAUGAGAGGUACCCCAGCAGAUACCUGCUUCAGGGUUGUGCCUGCAGCAAUGCGCUUGGCCUGCUGGUGGCGCUGCUUGCAUUUGUCCUCUACUGCUACAGCCUGAACAAUGUGCCCACGGAAGACUGCAUUCCUGUUCCCAAUGAGAGACCAUCACGUUUUAAGUGUCCUGAAGAAGUGCUCGCAGCCUACACCUCCAGUGUGACUCUGCUGUUGGUGCUCUAUGACACAUGUGCUGUGGUUCUGCAAUGCCUCCUGACGGUUUCUGCCUUCAAAGCACUCAAAACAGACUAACACACACACACAGAUUCCAUUCAAGGACAAUGCCUUGACCUCCAUUCAUUUGGACGCCAUUUGGACGCCUUGUCCACACGUGGCCGGGUAUAAUUUAAAAGUUUUGUCCCUGAAAGUGAAGAUUUGUGGAUGCGAAAAACAGUGUUUAACAAUGAAUUCCGUCAAACGUCCUUCCCACAGAUGCACAGUUGCAUAAUGCAGAUGCCAAAUUUGGACCAGAGUUACAAAGCUUUUCGGAUUGGGGGGGCUAAUUCUCUCUACAUACUUCCAGAAGAUCUUCUCGAGAUAUUGUUUUUUUAAUAAAAGAAAAUAUCAGUUUUUAGAAAUGUCCGGCUACUUGUGGACUAGACAAAAGACAUAGCCUGGCCAACGCCAGAAUCAUACAAGUCUGGAAAGGGUAUGGUCACCUUGUGACCAACAAGCAUAUAUCAAAAUGCCUGUUUACACAAUUGGUUAAACCUACAACCAGUCAGACCAAUGAUCUGGAUAAUGUAUCAGCAAUCGUGCUUGUAGUUUUCUAGGAGCCAUGGCUUGCUAGUAAUGAAGUCUAACGACUUUUUAUACAAAAGCUUUUAGACAUCGCUUCUCUCUUUUCAUUGACUUAAGCUUGCCUGAUUCUGAGUUGGCCAAAACAACAUCUUUGCCAAAGAUGUCAAAAUCAAAUUGCUGGCAGACUCAGUGAGUUCACCCAGGCCACAAAAGCCUUUAAUCAUAACCAGUUAGUGCCUAAACCUAACCUUAACCUCACCACAAUUCAAAUCUUAACAUUGGACUUAACCAGUUCCUCAGAAGUCUGGUUCUACCUCAUUAGGGCCGGGUUUUGGUCUCCAUGAGGACUCCUGAUCUUGACAAGAUCAGUGUUUAUGCCAAAAAACUAAUUUCACACACAUUUCUCACUUCCACUUUUUUGAAAAAUUGUCAGUCUUGCAGAUUCCUGUAGAGAUGGGAAAAAAAUGUUUUACUUCAAGAACCAGUCAGCAGUUGCCAUAUUUUUAAUAGACUGUUGGGGACAGGAGUAGCUACAGAGCUAAGUGUAAUCAAACAAGUCAAAUGAGGGUUAGGGUUGGACAAUGUUUUUGUAGCUAAUGUAGCUAACAGUAAGCUAACUUGAGCUCAAUGAUAAACAAUCCUUCAGUCACUACUCUGGCCUUGUUAUCUGCGACGCUAUUUUGCAUAACUAACGUCUGUCUGUUUGUGAACAUGUAAGUAAAUGUUUGUAAUUGUGAAAUAAAUCCAUAUAAAGGAGCGUAUAACUAAAUGUCAUUAACAAUGUUUGAUUCUAUAAAUAAAAGCCUUUUAUCAUU